CACACACACACACACACACACACACACAGCGGGAAAAUGGAGUCAAACACAAGUGAUAAUCUUCAAAAGGCGGUGAGCUCCUUUAAGGACUACGAAGAAUAUUUGGACUCCAAGGUGACGCCGAUGGAUUUGUUUUUUCUCACAAGCAAGGAGUCGGCUCGCAAGCUGGUGGAGCACGGACACAAGGGCACUGUGCUGAGUCGGCAGGAAUUUGAGCAACGGAAAGCAGCAUCAGCAUCGGCGACCCGCGACCACCGGAACCGGACAACGACACUGGCGAGCUCGGGAUGUGACAUCCGGGACAACUUCCUGAAGGAGCUAGCCCAGCGUGAGGAAGCCAACCGCACUGGGAAAAUGACAUCGCUGAUCUUCAUCCGAGACGUCAACGCUGCGGGGCAGGAAGUGUCUGGCUAUAUCGACUACGCCCACAGACUGCAGAUGCAGGACUUUGCGCCGUAUUUCAGCGGCAGAAAGAAGCUGGUGCCAGGACCCCGGGAUUUAUGUUACUACAACUGGACCAAUCAGGCGACGGCUUCCACGUCCAGCUCCAACUACGACGUCGUUUACGACCGGCCCCGCGCGCUUCUCUUCAGGAGGAAGACGGACGGCGGCAUCCUCAACGUGGACCCGCGGGUCCAUCCUGGCCAAGGCGUGCGGAGGAGCGCCGUGCCCUCGGGCCUUUAUGAGCAUGUUGUCAUCCUGGACCACGACAGCGCACGCACACGCACCGCAGUAUAAUUUGACGAGUAAGAAAGGAAAAGGUCGGACGGGCAGGCAGACGUAUCGCGCUUGCCAUCUGGGCGGAGGCACGGCAACGUUCCCUUUUUAACUCGCCUAUCAACGUAAUCGUCAACAAUGUGACUUCCACAAUGUCAGAAGUUAGCAUCAGCCAGACUCGCCUUUCAUCUUUUCGCCCCUUUUUAGCUCAAUUUGACUAUUUUAGUCACAAUCGGACCCCGCGGGUGUUUUACAGCCAGUCAUCAAAGCUUGCCCCGCGCUGCUCCACUCACACGCAAUGAUGACAAAUGUUUUGGGGUUUUUUUUUUUCUUUUUUGCCAGUGGGGAGAUGAUUUAGUGUCAUUUAGCUAGCUAUGAUACGACGUUUGAAUUUAGUCGCAAUCUUUGGGACAUUUGGCUUU